UCGAGUCACUAAAAGGAUUAGUUAAAAACGAACGAAUUGUUCGCGAACUGCACAUCGCUAUACCCUCUCCUGUUUUCAAUGGGAUGUUGGUCGGGGACUGGGAUGGUCAUUGCAAAAGCUUGAUUAUUUACUUGGUGGAUGAAUAGAAACGUAUCCAGCGAAUUAAUACUUGAAAACUGGUUCUACAAAAGCAUCGUUCAACAUUUCGUUUAGCGUGCAUUUUGUCAACUGUGACUAAGUGUUCUUCAGCUAGACACCGUUUAAGUAAAAAGUCUGCAGUCAGAUUGCACUUUAACUGCAGUGCAGUUCGAGCGCUGUGUAAUUACUGCGUUCAACUAUUAAAGCUAAGUGCAGCACAUUUCAGUAAAACAAAUCAGUGUCUAUAACAUUAAAUAAUCAAUGAAAUGCAAUCAAUCGUGCACUACUUAUCCAAUCAUUAGUAGUAAAUAUAAUUAGCCUAUUUUUCUCUGCGCACGUGAAAUAAACAGUUGUUUUUCCGAGCACUGCGAAACCUGUAAGUAUCAUGAAUCGCAAUCCUGUUUUUUUAUAAAUCAUUAUACCAGCAAACAAACUAUCAAAAUCAACGAAUCAAAACAAUUACCAUGAGACGACUUAGUAUAAAAAUUGUUAGGAAAGUAUGAAUCGUUUGCGAAUGGCACAUUACUCCUGAGUUCUGUAGCCUACCUCUGCAGAAUUUCGAAGUUGGCGGGGUCCGAGUAGUCCAACGUGGAUUCAAGUUUGCGAGUUGUGCCUAGAGAUUUCCGAAAACGGGCAAUUAAGUAUUUUUACCUAUAGGGCCAUGGCUAUUGGCCGCGGACAGCUUUUCCGCAGUUUCAGAGAGGGUUUGUUAAAGAAUGCCCCACCGACAGAAUGUGAAGGACCGAAAGGCAAAGACGAGAGUGAUCGCUAUGACAUUACUGGAUUUUCCCCAGACUUUCAAUGUGUUGGACCUGAACCAUUGCGACAAAAGUGUAAAAAGAAAGCAGCAGCGUUAUCGAGGCCUACUGGAUAUGCUGUCAUGCAAACAUGUCUUCAGAAUCUCAUAGACAGGAUGCCACCGGAGAUCCUUUUGAAGAUCCUGUCCUACCUGGAUGCUCUUUCUCUCUUGUCCAUUGGCCUUGUCAACAAGCAGUUCUAUGAGAUGGCCCACAACAAUGGAAUGUGGCACAAGAUCUACUUUGCACAGUAUGGACAGAGUAAGAACUGGAUGCCCAAGCCUGUAGACGAGGUGCUGGAGAAGCUGACUGCAGUGGUGGUCCAGGAGCGACCAGAAUGUUACUGGAGGAGGCUGUACUUCAGGACCAUGGCUGGAUACAGUGAGAGGUGGAGGCAGGAGUUGAGAGACAUCAACCCGUUCACAGGCCUACCCAGCCAUACUGAGCGAGUCCUACGAAGCCAGCGUGUGACCUGGGAGAUCACAGUGUGUGACAAGAGGGGCUUGGAGGUGACAUUUCAGCAGAGCCGUACCUUCUUCUCUGAUUCUUCAGUGACGGUCUGCUGGGGCAGCAGACACUGGCCCGCCCUCUACCAGCUCUCUACCUUACAGCUAGACGGUGUGAAGAGAGAAGCCCUCAGCUCCCCUAACAUCAUUAAGCCUGGGUGGCGCUCUCUGAUGGCUAAGUUUGACGUGGAGACCAUCUGUAACAGUGGCCGUGUUAUCGGUAGAGACCAACUUGUCAACUUGGUUCUCUUAUCGCCUGGCAUCGUCAUUGGGGUCUGGAGGGGCCGGUGGGCCAUUGCCUUUGUGAUGGCCAGCUUCCACUACCACAGGCUGGUGGAGAGAAGUCUCCUGGGAACCGCUGUGUGUCCCUACUCUGUGCCAAAGGACAAGUCUCCGUUUGACAAUGCAGACCCUUACUUCGGCCUUCAUGGUUACACUGUCCGGAUUGUACUGCACAACGCUGUGACACAGAUGAUGGCCGGCCACUUCCCUCGACUCUCCGGCCGCAGAAGACAGGUCCAUGGAGGUUUUAUCCAGCUGAAUGUCAUCAGCAGGGGAGACGAGUCCCAGCACUCCCCUUUCUCUGGCCGGAUCAGCCUGCCCUGGAAGUGUGAGGCUGUAGAGGGCACUGUGGAGAACUGCUGCAUGAUGACCCUGACCCUGAUGGAUGAGUCCCACAGCCCCUUCUGGUAUGUCAGCACGCCCGUGUCCAUGAUGCUGAACAUCAAGGAGCCCUCAAAGUAUGAAGGCCAGCACUUCGUUAUUAAGUACCAGGAUGCAGAGGGAAAGAUGAGGAUGGAGCUGGUCUGGAUGGAAGAGCAGAGACAGUACUUCCUCAUCGGCCUGGUAGUCUUCAUUGCCACAGCCAAAGUCAACAAGCACUUCGGGAAGGCCUACUAACACUGCAUGAGGGCACAAGCCUCUAUCCUAAAGCCUUCAUAAGGGUGUCAUAAUGGUUACAUAACAUAUGUUAUAAAUAGUCAUGAGUAUGAUAUAUGUUCAUGGUCAUUGUUAUUGGUCAUUGUUAUUUCAGUGUUAUGUAUAUCUUAAGGAGGGGCUUCACAUAUAGUGUUGUCCACAUGUUCUGCCUGUAGGUAGUUGAGUGUUUUUGUUUAGUUUAAUCUUGAAGCAGUAAAAGACAGGGUUUUCCCUUGUAUGUUUUUGUUAUAUAUAUUUUUUUUUAUUCUAUAUUUUAUUUAAAUCAUUAGUACACAUUGGUAGAAUCUGAUCCUAUGCUUUGAUAUCUGCACAUUAUAAAAAGAAUACCAGAUGUGAAAUGUGUUAAGAGAUAAACUUAGGUUUGUUAAUUUUCUGUUGGAACUAACUGGUAGAUAAACAUUCUGAUUUAAAUCUA